AUGGAGCUGCUGUGGAACUCCUCCCACCCACCUCCACAGCUCAUGUCCAACAUGUCUGCCUCCUAUCUGCCUGAGGGCUGGGCCCUGUCCCAGUCGCUAGCCCUGCUGGCCAUGCUGCUCAUGGAUCUGCUGGCUGUGGUGGGUAAUGUGGCUGUCAUGGCGGUCAUUGCCAAGGCCCCACAGCUCCACAAGUUUGCCUUUGUCUUCCACCUGUGCGUGGUGGACCUGCUGGCAGCCCUGGUGCUGAUGCCCCUUGGCAUGCUCUCAAGCCGAGCCUUCUUCGGGGAGGCCCUGUGCCGGAGCUACCUCUUUCUCAGUGUGUGCCUGGUUAGUGCUGCCAUCCUCUCUAUCUCCGUCAUCAAUGUGGAGCGUUAUUACUACAUCAUACACCCGAUGCGCUAUGAAGUAAAGAUGACUGUUGGCCUGGUAGCGUCAGUGCUGGUGGGGAUAUGGGUCAAAGCCCUGGCAAUGUCUGCUCUGCCUCUGCUCGCUUGGUUGCUGCAAGGUGGAAGAGCUCCUCUUCUGGAAAGUAGUGCUGUAGGGGGAGGAGGAGGUGGGGCAGUCCCAUCUCCCCCUGCUCAGGGUCACAGGCGCUGUUCACUACACUGGACAGGGGGAGGGUCAAACCGCCUGGCCUUUAUGGUCUUGUUUACACUGGUGUAUUUCCUGUGUCCACUACUGGUUAUUCUUGUUGUGUAUUGCAAUAUGUUCAAAGUGGCUCGGGUUGCAGCCAUGCACCACGGGCCUCUGCCUACCUGGAUGGACACACCUCGUCGUCAGCGGUCAGAAUCACUCAGUAGCCGUUCCACGAUGGUUACCAGCUCUGGGACAGGGACUGGGACAGACAGAGCGACUCCACAGCGCCCCUUUGGGGGAGGAAAGGCUGCAGCAGUGUUGGCAGCGGUAGGCGGACAGUUCCUUUGUUGCUGGCUGCCCUACUUUACUUUCCACCUGUAUUCAGCGCUGGCUGCCAGCCCUCCAGCCACUCUAGCCUCUCUGGAGGAGGUGGUCACCUGGAUUGGCUACUUCUGCUUCACCUCCAAUCCUUUCUUCUAUGGCUGUCUCAACAGACAGAUCCGGGAGGAGUUGGGCAAGCAUCUGCCUUGUCUGUUUCGGCGAGCAGGGACUGAGAUGGAGGACAGGCUGCCAAGCCGUGAAGGGUCCAUAGAGGAGAAUUUCCUUCAGUUUCUUCAGGGCACUGGCUGCAACUUGGAUCCUCAAAACUCUCACAGCACCUCCAGUCCUAAAGGGGAGGCCUGCUGCCCUGUGGCUCAGUCGCAGACACCGGAGUUAGCGCAGCCCAUACCAAUUGAUUUCCGUAUCCCCGGACAGAUUGCAGAGGAGACUUCAGAGUUUAUUGAUACUGAACAGGCGAAAAACAACCAUAUAUAUACAGACACUUAA